CAGUCAUGGCUUCUACUAGUGUCUCUUCAAGCUUUGAGCUCUUUUUUUAUCUCUUCUCUUUUGUUUUUUUCUCAUUUCUUUGUCUCAGAAGGUCAAGGACUUCCUCCUAUAGUGAAGGGGCUAUCAUGGACAUUCUUUGAUUCAAGCUGUCCAAAAUUAGAAUCCAUUGUUAGGAAGAGACUGGAGAAAGUUUUCAAGGACGAUGUUGGCCAAGCUGCUGGGUUGCUUCGCCUUCAUUUCCAUGAUUGCUUUGUUCAGGGAUGUGAUGGAUCAAUAUUGCUAGAUGGAUCAGCAGGAGGUCCAAGUGAAAAGACUGCAAUUCCAAAUUUGACACUAAGGAAAGAGGCAUUCAAAAUCAUUGAGGAUCUUCGAGAAAGAGUGCACAAGGAGUGUGGAAAAAUUGUCUCUUGCUCUGAUAUUACUGCCCUUGCUGCUAGGGAUGCAGUUGUCUUGACUGGUGGCCCAAACUAUGUUGUACCCUUGGGAAGAAAGGACGGACUUAACUUUGCAACAGAAAAUGCAACCAUAAACAACCUCGUUGCACCAACAGCCAACACCACAACCCUCCUCAAUCGCCUUUCAACUAAAGGCUUCGAUGCCACCGACGUCGUCGCCUUGUCCGGGGCCCACACCAUCGGAAUCAGCCACUGCACUUCCUUCACGGAGCGUCUAUACCCGAACCAAGACUCUACAAUGGACAACACAUUCGCCAACAACCUUAAAGGUAGUUGCCCGAAAGCUGACUCGGACAACACCGUCAACAUGGACGUUCGAAGCCCUAAUAUUUUCGACAACAAGUACUACGUUGAUCUCAUGAAUAGGCAAGGGCUUUUUACGUCGGAUCAAGAUUUGUACACUGAUCAAAGGACUAGAAAUAUUGUUACUAGUUUUGCUAGGGACCAAAAAGUUUUCUUUGACAAGUUUGUGAUUGCUAUGAUUAAGAUGGGGCAGUUGAAUGUGUUGACUGGUGGACAAGGUGAAAUUAGGGCUAAGUGUUCUGUGAGGAACAAGGAUAAGAAGGUUGAUAUUGCUACUGUUGUUGAAGAGUUGGAGGAAACUUUCUCUGCUUUGUUUUAAGUUUACUUUUAACAUUUUUUUUUUUUUGUGUGUGUAAUAAUAAUGUUUUGCUAGAUAUCUGUGUUUCUUGUUAUAAUUAGAGGCCAAAUGUGGCAUGGCCUGGCUGUUUGGUUUUUCUCUCAUUAAUUUUAGGGAAAAGGUGCAAAUAUACCUUCAUCUCGUUACAAAAG